AAGAGGGAGGGAAGAAGUGAAGUCUUUAAUCCAAGCACAAAGCUACACCACAUGCUAGGUUUAUCAUGUGCCCAACAAGGAAACUGGACACAUCUUUACCACCGCAGUACUAAAGCCGUAAGUAUUAUAAUUUUUGAGCUGCACUAUUGCUGUAUGUGCAGACAGACACACAAACCAAGUAUACACUGUAGAGCCUGGUGACAAACAAUGCCAACUACAGAUAGACAAGGGCAGGGGAUGUUGUCUUUAGUAACAUAAAAAGACUGUUAUUAUUUAGGUAGACUGAAGUGUAACCAUGCAGACAUAGGUUCCAGAGUUUGUUUAUGGCAGUAUAACCAAAUAAAGAGGUGCAAAGUUGUAAAGACGAGCUAAAGAAUACCACCGCUAAAGUGGAAGGAUGAAGAGUCUCCAGUUGGUUGUGGUGGCAGCAUUUGCUUUCUCUCUCUUGGAGACUGGAGCUUCCCAAUGUGAUGUUUUGAGGGUAGUUGGUGCAAUGUAUGAGACACUGAGUCCUCUCUUGACUGAAAUGAAACAAGAUUUGGCUACUGAAAUGAGGGAAGGCCUGGCUGCUCUUAGAGAAAACCUAACCAACAUCCAGCAACAAAUCAAUGCCCUUACUGAGACUGUGAGCAACCUAGAGCAAACCCUUCAGCAAAACAAUGAUGAACAGACACCUAAACUGGAUAUGGUUAAGUCUCUACUGAUCUCUGUCAAUACUAGUAUGAGUGAAGGACUCUCGGCAGUCAAUACUAGUAUGAGUGAAGGACUCUCCGGAGUGAAGGCUAAUCUUCUAGAACACAGCAGCCAGACAGCCUCAGAGCUAGCAGGACUGGAGACCAACCAGGAGACCAUUGACUCCAAGUUAGACUCUCUGGACUCCAAACAAGAUGGUCUCAGUAUGACAGUGACGACUGCACACUCUGAACUGGAGCGAAAUGUACUGACCAAUGUUACAAAGGAACUGAAGAAGACUGCUGACUAUAUACUUGAACUUGCACACACAUAUGAAUGUGGAGGUACAGGAGGUUGGAGACGUGUGGUCUACCUGAACAUGACAGACCCCAACACCAACUGUCCCUCUGGCUGGCAGCUCACUAGUCACUCCAAGAGGACCUGUGGUAGAGUUAACACCAGCAUUCUCUCCUGUGACUCAGUCUUGUUCCCUGUCAGUGGAGGAGACUACACUAGUGUGUGUGGCUCUAUCAGAGCCUACCAGUAUGGUCGCACCGAUGCAUUUGAGGCUUACCAUCGUGGACAUGUGACCACAAUAGAAGGAGCCUAUGUUUCUGGUGUCAGUCUCACACACGGCAAUCCACGACAACACAUCUGGACAUUUGCUGCUGGUUUUUCUGAGACCACACCCUCUCGGGAUGAUGUAUGUCCUUGUGAUGCUAGCAUCAACAUUACUGUCCCACCAUUUGUGGCUGGAGACUAUUUCUGUGAAUCAGAAAUUCAUUACCCAGGGACACCUACUAACAGCUUCUAUCCAGAUGAUCCUCUCUGGGAUGGUGAAGGCUGUGGUAGCAGCAGUAGCUGUUGCUCAUUCAACAAUCCUCCAUACUUCACUAAGACACUCCCCAGCCCCACCUCUGACCCUAUAGAGGCCAGACUGUGUUGGUUGGACAUCCAUGGCUCUCCAAUAGAGUUCAUUGAACUGUAUGUAAAGUAGUGCUGAGACUGCAUGUAGCAGAAACCAAGCGUGGAACAUUAUAGCUAUGCACAAGCAAUGUGUUACAAGUCAACAACAUAGUAUAUAGAUAGAUAUGUGCAAUAAAACAUGUUAUUA